GAGCGGCCGCCUGACGGGGCGGGAGGGUCGUGUGUCGGGGGCCGGGCGCCGUGUCGGAGCUGUGUUGGCGCUGUUUCGGUGCAGUGUCGGAGCUGUGUCGGCCCGGGCAGACGGUACCGCGGCGGCGGGCGGGGGUCGCGGCGGGGGCGGGUGGCUCCAGCCCGGUGGAGUGAGUGGUUCUUGCCGGGAUCAGGGCUCCUGCCCGGAGGGCAAAGGGCGAGGAAACAAGAACUCUAAAAUCAUGGCUGGGAAACCCAAGCUGCACUACACCAAGGGAAGGGGGAAGAUGGAGUCAGUCCGAUGGCUGUUAGCAGCAGCUGGGGUUGAGUUCGAGGAGGAAUUCAUAGAGACAAAAGAAGACUUAGAAAAAUUGCGCAAUGAUGGAGUCCUGCUGUUUCAGCAGGUGCCCAUGGUGGAGAUAGAUGGGAUGAGGAUGGUGCAGACCAGAGCCAUCCUCAGCUACAUUGCAGCAAAGUACAACCUCUAUGGGAAGGACCUGAAGGAGAGAGCCUGGAUUGAUAUGUACGUGGAGGGAACUACAGACCUAAUGGGAAUGAUCAUGUUUCUCCCUUAUCAACCAGCUGAUACAAAAGAAAAGAAUCUUGCCUUAAUCAUUGAACGAGCUACAACCAGGUACUUCCCUGUUUAUGAAAAGGCCUUAAAAGAUCAUGGACAGGAUUAUCUUGUUGGCAACAAAUUAAGCUGGGCAGAUGUCCAUCUGCUGGAAGCCAUUUUAAUGGCAGAAGAAUGUAAGCCUGAUGUACUGUCUGCAUUCCCUCUGCUGCAGGCUUUUAAAGGAAGAAUCAGCAACAUUCCAACAAUCAAAAAAUUCUUACAGCCUGGCAGCCAGAGGAAGCCACCAACAGAUGAGAAGAUUGUUGCUGUUGUGAGGAAAAUAUUCAAUAUCUAAUCUGAUGAAGAUAACUCAACAGUAGUAUAUUACCAGACCUUGCUUUGUAAGAGUAAAUUGCAUAGAUGUUCUAUGUAACUUGCAUCAUAUGGCCAGUGUUGAAACAAUACACUGUGAAUACACUUUUAAAUUAGAGUAAAAGGCUGAUUUGUACCUGUUUAGUCCAGAAAGAAGAAUUUCAUAAAGCAGUUAUAUGAAAUAAAAUAUGCUGACACUU